AGGCGGCGGCCACUGGGUCCGCAGGGCGGGCGGGCGGACACGCCCGGAGGCCUGCGGGGAGGCGGAGGCGCCGGAAGGACGGACGGAGGAGGCCGCCAUGGCCGCGAGCGAGCGGCGCCCGGAAGGCAGCUCGGCGGAGGCGCCGCAGGGCGACUGGGGCCGCCUGGAGGCCGCCAUCCUCAGCGGCUGGAGGACCUUCUGGCAGGCGGUGGGCAAGGAGCGGCCGGGCCCGGGGGCCCCCCCGGAGGAGGCGGCCGAAGACACCAGCCGCCUGGCUCGGCUGCCGGUUGAUGUCCAGCUAUACAUCUUGUCAUUUCUUUCCCCUCAUGAUCUGUGUCAGUUGGGAAGCACAAAUCAUUACUGGAAUGGAACCGUGCGAGACCCGAUCCUCUGGAGGUAUUUCCUGUUGCGAGACCUUCCUUCCUGGUCUUCUGUUGACUGGAAGUCCCUUCCAGAUCUAGAGAUCUUAAAAAAGCCUGUAUCGGAGGUCACUGAUGGUACCUUAUUUGACUACAUGGCCGUCUAUAAAAUGUGCUGCCCGUACACAAGACCGUCCUCUAAGCCCGGCCGUCCAAUGUAUGGAGCUGUCACCUCUUUUUUGCACUCACUGAUCAUUCAGAGUGAACCGCGCUUUGCCAUGUUUGGACCGGGUCUGGAAGAACUGGACACGUCUCUGGUGUUGAGUCUGAUGUCUUCUGAGGAACUUUGCCCGACAGCUGGUUUGCCUCACAGGCAGAUUGAUGGUAUUGGGUCAGGAGUCAGUUUUCAGCUGACUAACCAGCAUAAGUUCAACAUCCUGAUACUGUAUUCAACGACCAGAAAGGAAAGAGACAGAGCAAGAGAAGGACAAACAAGUACCGUGAACAAGAUGUUCAGUGUGCAGAGCGAAGGGGCUGACCAGCAGGGCAGCCGGUACAGCGUGAUCCCUCAGAUCCAGAGGGUGUGCGAGGUGGUGGACGGGUUCAUCUACGUAGCGAACGGCGAAGCCCAUCAAAACCACCAGUGGCAAGAUGAAUUUUCCCGUAUUAUGGCAAUGACAGAUCCAGCGUUUGGAUCUUCAGGAAGACCAGUGCUGGUGUUAUCUUGCAUUUCUCAAGCAAAUAUAAAAAGAGUGCCCUGUUUCUAUUUGGCCCACGAGCUGCAUCUGAGUCGGCUAAAGCAGCCCUGGAUGGUCCAGGACACAGAAGCUGAAACUCUGACUGGUUUUCUGAACGGCAUUCAGUGGAUCCUUGAAGAAGUAGAAGCUAAACACGCAAGAUGAUCCUUCUUUUAGGCCUUGGUACUGAAACCCUUGGCACCUUGUUACUGAGGUCAUCAUAUAGAUAUUAUAUUGUCCUGCCUUUUUGUAGGUGGGCUGAUGGAAAAUUGGACUGCUAUAACUACUAUGUUUAUGUAAAUGUAAGUCUUACUUUUCACCUUAAAUCAAUCACAAGGAAAAAGUUCCUAGUGCUAGCUAGAAUAUAUAUAUAUCCCUGGAAUGAAUCUUUAAAUAUUUUUGAUAAUUUUUAUAUUUUUAUGUCUUUUUUUUAAAGAUAUUAAACUCUAGGAAUUUAAAAACAG